AUGACAAACCACUACACAACUACGACCAAACCACUACACAACUAUGACAAACCACGACACAACUACGACCAAACCACUACACAACUACGACCAAACCACUACACAACUAUGACAAACCACUAUACAACUACGACCAAACCACUACACAACUAUGACGAACCACGACACAACUGCGACCAAACCACUACACAACUACGAUCAAACCACUACACAACUAUGACAAACCACUACACGACUACAACCAAACCACUACACAACUCUGACCAAAGCAACUACACAACUAUGACCAAAGCAACUACACAACUAGGACCAAACCACUACACAACUAGGACCAAACCACUACACAACUACGACCAAACCACUACACAACUACGACCAAACCACUACACAACUACGACCAAACCACUACACAACUGUGACCAAAGCAACUACACAACUCCGACCAAACCACUACACAACUCUGACCAAAGCAACUACACAACUAUGACCAAAGCAACUACACAACUAGGACCAAACCACUACACAACUACGACCAAACCACUACACAACUACGACCAAACCACUACACAACUACGACCAAACCACUACACAACUACGACCAAACCACUACACAACUAUGACAAACCACUACACAACUAUGACAAACCACUACACAACUACGACCAAACCACUACACAACUACGACCAAACCACUACACAACUAUGACCAAAGCAACUACACAACUACGACCAAAGCAACUACACAACUAUGACCAAACCACUACACAACUCCGACCAAACCACUACACAACUCUGACCAAAGCAACUACACAACUAUGA